CCCGGCCCCGUGCGGGAAAUGAUGCAACAGGGCCGGCCGCGCGUGGUUGUGCUCUGCCUACAGUACCCCCUCCAGCCACGCGGAGGAUCCUGAUGACGACGAGUAUCUUGCCCUCCCCACCCACCACUGCCGGGCGUGCAGGGUGGCAAUGGGAAAACGCCGACACCCAGCCAGGGCAGGCAGGGUACAUGCAUCUUCCGCGGCGGCCGGCAGCGAGCGCGCAUGCAUGCGGCACAGCAGCAGCCACCACCACCACCACCAGUCGAGUCAGUGGCAUGGCGGUUAUGGGGCGGAAAUCCGGAGCUCGCCGCAUGCGCCGCGCUGAUUUACAUCAUCACACUCACCGUAUCCUAGUCGUCACAGACAGUCGUCGACGUGACGCCACCUGGCGUUCAUGGCUUGCCGUCGGGCUUGUGGCCAGGCCGGUCUUUUUUUCCACCAUCCAGUCCCCAAUUUCUGGCAUUCCCUGCAGGUGCGCCUUUGUGGCGUUUUGCCGAUUCGCGCAUUCGUUUCUUUGGUCCCUGCUCCACGUGGCCGUCGGCUUUGGCUUUGCUUUGGCUUUGUGGGUGGCGUCGUUUUCGCCCGGGUGGGUGGGAUGGAACAAAGGUACAGGACGCAUCCCUCCCGAACCAGUGAAAGCCGGGUUUUGCGCAAAGGGUAAUGAUUGCGCGGGCCUUCAUUCGGGCGUUCAUGCGGAUGGCGAGUGGUGGGUGCGGUGCAGGGUUGAUGCAAGUCAUUUGCUUGCGGUUACUUGCAGUGCAUGUACUGUGUGUGUAAUGUAAGCUGGGCUACGGUCACGUGCGUGAGAUGUGAUCCAUAACCCCUGAUGAAGCGUUGUUGG